UUCUGGGCUCCAAAGACAUUCCACGCCAUUGCUGCAGAGGGGGCAUGUGUACUGAAGGGGGCCCGAGGUGACAUUUUCUCAGGACUCCCAGAAUUCCCUGCUAAGCCCCUGACCAAGUUAAGUAUGAAUGGCAGCUCCAACGCGAGCGGCGACACCACUUUCACAACUGAGCCAGAAUGGAACGACAAGCCAGCAAACGCCCUGUCCAGGAGGGGACACACCGUGGUUUCUGUGUUUUUGGGAUCGAUUAUGCUUUUUGGCUUUUUUAACAACCUCAUCGUCCUCAUCCUGUUCUGCAAGUUCAAGACUCUGAGGACUCCGGUGAACAUGCUUCUUCUCAACAUCAGUAUCAGCGAUAUGCUGGUCUGCAUAUUCGGCACCCCGUUGAGCUUCGCUUCCAGCCUGCGUGGACGGUGGCUGGUCGGGAGAUACGGAUGCAUGUGGUACGGCUUCAUCAACUCCUGUUUCGGAAUCGUGUCCCUGAUCUCUCUGGCCAUGCUGUCAUAUGACCGCUACAGCACAUUAACCGUGCACAGAAAGGGGGGCCUGGACUUCCGCAAGCCCCUUCUGGCAGUUGGAGGAUCCUGGCUGUACUCUCUACUUUGGACAGUUCCCCCCCUACUGGGCUGGAGUAGUUAUGGUUUGGAGGGAGCCGGGACAGGCUGCUCUGUGACCUGGACGGCUCGCACACUGCUUUCACACUCCUACAUUAUCUGCUUGUUUAUCUUCUGUCUGGUCCUGCCCGUGUCGCUCAUGGUCUACUGCUACAGUCGGUUGCUAUAUGUUGUCAGGCAGGUCGGAAAGACCCGGAAGACUGCAGUCCGGUGCAGGGAGCUCCGCAUCCUCUUCAUGGUGGUAGCCGCAGGGUCGUGCUACCUGCUCUGCUGGAUGCCUUACGGCAUCGUGGCACUGAUGGCCACCUUCGGACAGCCCGGCAUCAUCCCGCCCAUCGCCAGUGUGGUGCCCUCCAUUCUGGCUAAGAGCAGCACCGUCAUCAACCCCGUAAUCUACUUCCUUAUGAACAAGCAGUUUUACAGGUGUUUACUGCUCCUGUUCCGCUGUCAGGAGGGGGCGCCAGAGGACACCCGCACCUCUGUGGCAUGUAGGAACACAGCUGCUCGCAACGAAACCAUGGAUGGCAUCAUGCGGCAUGCCGGAAACAACCCCUGAGUCCCUCCUCUCACGUGUCUACGAGCAGCGCCCCCUACAGGGCAGCCCUGUAAAUUCUUCCCCACAUUCCGGUAGACUGUAUCCCUGUGGGGGACAGUUCAACAGAAAUGUCAUGUCUGGAUCAUCCUUGUCAUAAAGUAGAUGCGUGUAAGAUGGUGUCUGUAUUCAAAUGUAAAGAAUAAACUAAACCUGUAUCUGUUGUGUU